AUGAGUUCAUCACAGGGGGACUGCUAUCGUAAGUUGCACGAGAAACUAAUCAAGCUCAGGGUUGCCCUCAAAAAGAGGAAGGAGGAGUGGCAACGGCGGUCGGCAGAGCAACUGUGGUUGAUGGAAAGGAUCUUGCAAAUCCUCGAUUCGCCUCGACGAACCAAGCCACCAGCCACCACCGUUGUAGCUUCACAACCACCACCUACAGAAGCGUCAAUGGCGCCUGGAUCUACAGCAGCUGUUGUCGUUCCAUCGUCACCGGCUCCACCCACUGCUGGACCAUGCGUUUUCACUAGCAUCACCAAACACACAACCAUCAACAACAAGGACUUGUCCUCGGUUAAGAUGGUGACACCAUUAUCAUCAAUCGUUGUUGCCGUCCCGAGAACAGAGUCACCACCGCAAAGCACUAUUAUCACUUCUCACAGGACUAAAAAGCCGUUUGCGGCUGCGAUGGUUGAGAUCGCCGAUGUGGACCAAGAAAUAGAUCUGGUCGCUACUGCUACGUACGGUUCACGACGAGGAGAGAGCGGUCUCCGCCAAAGAAGAAUCUUCGACUAG